AAAAUAAUAAUAAUAAUAAAAAAAAAAAAAAAAAAAAAAAAAAAAAAAAAAACAACAUAAUGUAAAUAAUAAUCGAAACCAACAAUGGACAUUUAUUUAUCGUCCGGUCUCGAUAACAUUCGUAUCAUAAUCUGUACACGAUAAAUGUGACGUGUAUACGUGCGCUUGUUUAUUGUUUUUUUUUUUUUUUUCAAUUAGUCACGUGGUACGAAAAUUACGUAUGUACGAUAGCGGCCCGGUGAAAUAUCCCAACAUGAUAUUAUAACACUCGAUCGAAACGAAACCGAAAUAAAACUUACCGGGGAUUAUUUUCGCUCGUAAAAUCGUGACGCCCGAAUCUCGGCUCAAUAAUAUUGUAACGCGAAAAUAUUUAUCGGCCAAAUGUCGCGGGUAACGUACCACCUGUUCGAACGACACACGGUUUCGUAGGAUGGCAACGCCGAUUCCAGAACCGCGUGCUCCUCUAGUCACACUCCGACACUCGCCAGUGUCGUUAGUUCGUAUCAGUGUCUCAGACCUCGUUCUACUUUACUAUUGUGCGCCUUAUGUCCUUAUCACAUGGCCUGUUGGCCGUUUGUUUCUGUCGGGCAUUAUAGACAAUAGCGUCUAACAUAGUAUGUAUUAUUAUUGUUAUUAUUAUUUUUUUUGCUUUUCAAAUAUCGUAAUUUCAGUAUUUUCGGAUCUAGUACUUCCACAUUUCGUGUUCAAAUAAUACCUAAUGGAAUCUUUUUUUUGUUUUUCAGGGAUACGCGAUUAUACUGCAGCGAGCUGCUCAGCAGAUCAUCUUCAACGUUUUUUGCCAACUAUCAUCAACGCUAUUUGCCAAAAUUUAAUCAUUUUUGAGUAUUUAAAAAACUGCCUAUAUAUAAAAACUAUUUUUUACCAUGAAGUUAAAACGUUUGUAUUGGCGCCAGGAGGAAACCAGAUAUUUUCUGACAUUGUGUAUAAAGCGCAAUGUCAUGUCAAAAUAUGGAUUACACCGAAAAGACGAUAUAUUCGAAAUGCUGUCGAAAGACAUGCGCGACGUUGGGUUUAUCAAGACUCCUGCACAAUGUAAAACCAAACUGAAGCAUUUAAAAGAAGAUUUCAAUCGUAGGAGAAAAAUAACACCGUUUGUGGACGAAAUGGAAAAGUUGUUGGCCUCGCAUAUAAAAAAAAAAUCAAAAGCUGCUUUGGAUCCGGUGGUACCCAUGAAUUUGGAGCCAAUUAAACCCCUGACCAUGCCGAAGCCAAUUGUAAUCGAAAACCCGAGUGCGUGGACUGAAAAUAGUUAUUCAGCAACAUCAAACGACAGAUUUGAUAUUUCAUCGAGCAUUGAAAAUACUACAAUAAAAACUGAAAUCGUAGAAGACAAUAUUACAACUGUUUGGAAUGGUAAAUAAAAAUAUAACAAUGUUUAUAUAUUGAGACACAGGUACUUAACUAUGUGAAUAAAUUAAUAAAAAUUAAUAAUUAAUACUUUACGUAUCUUUCUUUAAUUUUACAAGCUUUUAAUUAUCUGAGUUCAAAUUAAUACACAGUGACAUUUUAAAAAUGGUUUAGUUUUUAUAUGUCCUUCGGAUUAGGUAAUUUUUUAUAUACUUAAUAUACUUUUUUUUUUUGUUUUUAAUUUUACCAAUUAAUUUGAUAUUUGAUAAAGUAAAAAUUACCUAUGUAGUAAUAGUUUUUGUAAAUUGGAAAUCUGUACUUACUCAAAUGAUAUACAUAUAUAUAUAUAUAUUUUAAAUUUUAUUUAGACACUGAAUUGGAUAAUAUGGAUGUAUCUGAAGUCGAUGAGUAUAGUAGAACAUCUGGCAUUAUCGGUACAUUACCACCAGAACCACAAAAUGACAAUCAUUUAUUGCCAGAUAAUAGUAAUAAUAUUAUUAUACGUGAUCUUCCCACUAGCAGUAAUAUUGGUACGUAGAUUAAAUAACUAUUAUAUUUUAAAAUAACAGAAAAUAAUUAAAUAAUAUAAUAUUGUAAAGAAUAACAACACCUUUGCCCAAUUUAAUAUUAUAUAUGAACACUGAAUAAUAUUACAGAUUCUAAGUUUAUGAUUAAAAUAAUUAUAUUGUUUCUUCUAAUUUUUGUUUAAUUACAGGAAUCAAUUCCAAUCUAAUCCAGGUACCGAAAAAAUCACCUUGCUGUCAACACCAACAAUUUAUGAACUAUUUGAUAAAAAAUCAACAGAAAUUCGUUCAAGAUAUGUUAGAAACACAAAAGAAGUGGACCAUGGACAUGAUGGAUAAGAUACAUCAGUAUCAGGCUACCCAGUUAAAAAUUAUGGUGGACAACUUGGAGGAAGCAAAAAUACAAGAAAUAAAAUAAAAACACAAAAUUGCUGUGUCUAAAGUAAAAAAAGAUUGACGAUAAAAUUCCAUCGGUGAUGAUUUUUGAUUAUAUAUUUUAAAUUUAAUACAUUUUUUAUUUGUAUGUUUAUAAAAGAAAAACAGUUUAAAAUGAUUAAAUUAUGUCUUAACUAUUUAAGACAUAUUUUAAUUUAUAAACUGUUAUUAUUAUUUUUAAUUCAAGUUUAAUGGGUCAUUAUUUUUGAAAAUAUUAUUAAUAUACAUUUUUAUCACGUUUGUCUUAAUAUUUCUUGAUAUAUAAUUUGUUGUCUAAAAUAAAUGUGUACUUAAUGUCAGUAGUUUUAAUUAGUAUACUAUUCAUAUUUUAUAUUGAAAUUGUUGAUUUCUUAAAAACGUUUUUACUUUUAAAUAAUAACCUUCAUAUAGAUUUUUAAUAAUAAUAAACAAUUUAUGUUUUUUUUUUUUAUAUUUACGUAAUACUAGAGAUUAUGUUAGCCUAUUAUAUAGUCUCUAGGUAAUACUAUUUAUCUAUCUAAAAAAAAAAUAUGCAAUGUUUUUUUUUUUUUUUUUAAUUAUUAUUUAAGUCUGUUUGAUAAUCGUAUAUAGAUGUUCCGGGUAGACAAUUUAUUAUAAUAACUGGGCUAUGACUAAAAUAUUAAGGUAAUUUACUACCAGGUAUCGGGCUUUAAAUAUAUAGUAAUAUGACAAAAUUGAUUAUUAGUUGAGUACUAAAAUUUUUUAUAAUCUAUCUAAAUGUGUGUAUAAUCUUUAUUUGCAACUAUUUGAGUUAUUUAUUUAGUUUCUGUUAGUGAUAACUGAUAAGAUUUUAAAUAUGUUUUAGGAGUAAUGUUCAAAUAGUGAUUUGUAUUAUUUAGAUUAUAAUAAACGGUUUGCUAUAUUAUGUUGUGUGAAACUAUGUUUAAUUUUUAUACAUACAGGUAAAUCAAAAUUUAUAUUACAUUUAUUUA